CUUCAAGCGUCAUUUCAAUGGCGGAACACUGAAAAAAAGCAUUUGAGAGCGGUCAGAUUUCGGAUAUAUUGUUCUAGUUACGAACGAGCUGAGUACUUACAUUUAUCAUCUUGGCUAGCUAACAUAGUAAACGAAUCGUUUUGUCCCAAUAUUUAUCUUAGUAAACCUUCUGGCUGGGGCAUUUCCAUCAAUUAAAGCACGAGAUCCCCGAAAUGGCAGAUAACAACACAGACCAAGAAAAAGCAAUAGCUGCAAAUGCGUUGGAGGCGUUUACGGCUGGAAACUAUGAGGACUCUUUGAAACACCUUGGGAAGCUGCAAGAGUUGAACAAGGAGGACUACAAGAUUGCUUUGAAUAAAGCAAUAGCUGAAUUCUACAAGAGCGGCCAAACCACCACAUGCACACUGAAGCAGACUCUUAUUGCAAUGAAAAACCAGGUUCACACUUCAAUGGAGGAUAUUGAUGGUUUGGAUGAUGUAGAAAACAGUCUUCUCUACUACAAUCAAGCUAUCAUUCACUACCACAUGAGACAGUACUCUGAAGCUAUUGCUAUUGGAGAGAGGCUGUACCAUUUUCUGGAGCCGUUUGAAGAGAAGUUUGCUCUGGCGGUCUGCUUCUUGCUGGUGGAUCUGUACCUGCUAACGUACCAGCCAGAGAAGGCCCUCCAUCUCCUUGCUGUGCUGGAGAAACUGUCUGUACAGGGAAAUAACAAGAACGGCAAAGGGGAGAGUGUCAACAAAGAUGGUCGGAACCAGAAGGCAGAGUUCAUUGACAUGAUCGAAGCGGCAAAAUCCAAAAUGCACCAGUACAAAGUGCGAGCGUACAUUCAGAUGAAGUCUUCAAAGGCCUGCAAAAGGGAGAUCAAGUCUGUGAUGAACACAGCAGGGAAUUCUGCUUCCUCACUCUUCCUCAAGAGUAACUUUGAGUACCUGAGAGGAAACUACCGCAAAGCAGUGAAGCUCUUAAACAGCUCCAACAUCGCAGAGCACCCUGGGGCCAUCAAAACAGGUGAAUGUGUGCGCUGUAUGUUCUGGAACAAUCUGGGUUGCAUACACUUUGCCAUGGGGAAACACAACCUAGGCAUAUUCUACUUCAAAAAGGCCCUGCAGGAGAACGACCACACGUGUGCACAGCUGGGGGACGGUGGGGCGACGGGGAACGGGCAAUCUAAGCAGUUCUCGGGCAUCCCCAUGUGUGCGCUGCUGGCCAACAAGCGUUAUGAGUUGCUGUAUAACUGUGGGAUCCAGCUGCUGCACAUCGGCCGGCCCCUGGCGGCUUUCGACUGCCUGAUGGAUGCUGUGCAGGUGUACCACUCUAACCCUGGCCUCUGGUUACGGUUGGCAGAGUGCUGCAUUGCUGCCAACAAGGGUAGCUUAGAACAAGACAACAAGGGUCUUCCGAGUAAAAAGGGCAUUGUUCAGGCCAUCGUUGGGCAGGGCUACCAUCGCAAGAUCAUCCUGGCAUCACAGUCCACCCAGAACACAAUCUACAGUGAUGGGCAGUCUGCAGCCAUUCCGGUGGCCAGUAUGGAGUUUGCAGCGAUCUGUCUGAGGAACGGCCUUGUCCUCCUCCCUGAUCACCAGCAGCAGGAGAACAAGGCAGAGAACGGCUCCAAGACAACCAGCCAGUCAGGCAGCACAGAGAGCGGCUCAGAGAACAGCGACGCCUGCAGUGGGAAGGGUCAAGAAGGAGACAAGUUCCUUUCUGCAGCACCGUCUUCACCUCUGAGGAAACAGGAGGUUGAAAACCUCAGGUGUUCCCUCCUGGCCUGCAGUGCCUACGUGGCCCUGGUGUUAGGAGACAACCUGAUGGCCCUGAACCAUGCAGAGAAGCUCCUUCACCAGACCAAGCUGUCUGGAUCACUCAAGUUCCUGGGACACCUGUAUGCUGCAGAGGCCCUCAUAUCCCUGGACCGGAUCUCAGAGGCCAUCGGUCACCUCAACCCAGAGAAUGUCACUGAUGUCUCCAUGGGGGUGUUGUCCAGCGAGCAGGACCAAGGGCCAGAUAAAGGGGAUCUGGAGCCUGUUGAGUCAUCAGGGAAGCAGACUCCUCUGUGUUACCCCAGCACAGUGAGCUCAGCCCGGGCCAUAAUGCUGUUCAACCUGGGCAGUGCCUAUUGUCUGAGGAGUGAGUAUGAGAAGGCCCGCAAGUGCCUGCAUCAGGCCGCCUCCAUGGUGAACACCAAGGAGAUUCCUCCUGAAGCCAUCUUACUGGCUGUCUACCUGGAGCUGCAGAACGGGAACACACAGCUCGCCCUACAGAUCAUCAAACGUAACCAGCUCCUCCCCUCAGUGCUCCAGGCGCCCUCUCCAGACACACGAAAGAAGCCUGUUCCCUCCUCCUUCCAGCCUGUCCAACCACCCAUCCAGAUGCCCUCACCCUUCACAACAGUCCAGCGCAAAUGAGUCCUCAACCCUUGUUCCCUAACCCUCCUUGCCCCAUUGCACAGCAACACGCACCUGUCCACCUCUCAUCACUUCACCUCAGUGUAUUAUUUAUUUAAGGCAAGCUGACCCCAACUCAGUGCCGGUGUAGGGUGAAGUUGUCCCUAGAUGCUGAUCUUGACUCAGCUUUGUAUUUCCUCCCACUAAUGGUUAACAUUGGUGGAGAGGAAGCUGAUCCUAUAUCUGUAUCUAGGGAGAUUGAACUCCUCAGCGCCCAGACGGAGCCCCUCCAGGUCAGGUCCUGGUAUGAAAUGCAGAGGUCUCCUGUCGGGUGGACGAAGAGUGUGUUCACGGCCCAAAUUACACCUUAUCCCCUAUGUAAGUGCACUCCUUUUGACCAGAGCCCGAUGGGGCCCUAAUAAAAGUAGUGCCCUAUAUAAGGAACUGGGUACCAUUUGGUAUGGAGCCUUUAUUCAGUGGCUAUCACCUGCAGUGUCUUUGGGGCAGAUCUGACAUGAUUUCUCUGUUCUCUGAGAGUUUUAACUUUCCAUUUGUGACAGCAACAUCCGUUAUGAUCUAUACUGACUGACUUUUGCUUGGGGCAAAUUAAAUACCUGUAUAAAAAAAUAAAUUUUAUUUACAGAAGUAAA